AUUGCUGCAGACACACAAGUCUGGGGGUUGGGCCGACGUACCGGUGUAUAAAUAGUGUGAUCUCAAAUUGAAGGCAUAAAUACCAACAGGAGGAGAGCUACCCUCACACCGACCGGCUUCUCCGCGCCGGGGAGGCGCGCGGACCCCAGCCCGGCUCCCAGCCAGCCCCCCGCCGAGCCCCGCCGAGCCCCAUCUCUCCCCUCACCACCACCCCCGCCGCCCCGGGAGCAGCCAUGGAAGAGCUGACCGCUUUUGUAUCCAAAUCUUUUGACCAGAAAAACAAGGAAAGCGGCUGCGGAGGCGGCGGCGGCGGCGGCGGCGGCGGGGGCAAGAAGGACUCCAUUACCUACAGAGAAGUUUUGGAGAGCGGACUGGCGCGCUCCCGGGAGCUGGGGAGCUCGGAAUCCAGCCUCCAGGACAUUACGGAGGGCAGCGGCCACUGUCCGGUGCAUUUGUUCAAGGAGCACGUGGACAACGACAAGGAGAAACUGAAGGAGUUCGGCACGGGGAGGGCCGCGGAAGGUAUCUACGACUGCAAGGAGAAGCGCGAAGACGUGAAGUCGGAGGACGAGGACGGGCAGACGAAGCUGAAACAGCGGCGGAGCCGCACCAACUUCACGCUGGAGCAGCUGAACGAGCUGGAGCGGCUGUUCGACGAGACGCACUACCCGGACGCCUUCAUGCGCGAGGAGCUCAGCCAGCGCCUGGGGCUCUCGGAGGCGCGCGUGCAGGUUUGGUUCCAGAACCGGAGGGCCAAAUGCCGAAAGCAAGAAAAUCAGAUGCAUAAAGGCGUGAUCCUAGGCACGGCCAGCCACCUGGACGCGUGCAGGGUGGCGCCCUACGUGAACAUGGGCGCCCUGCGGAUGCCGUUCCAACAGGUCCAGGCGCAGCUGCAGCUGGAAGGCGUGGCGCACGCGCACCCGCACCUGCACCCGCACCUGGCGGCGCACGCGCCUUACCUGAUGUUCCCGCCGCCCCCCUUCGGGCUGCCCAUCGCGUCGCUGGCCGAGUCCGCGUCCGCCGCCGCCGUGGUGGCCGCCGCCGCCAAGAGCAACAGCAAGAACUCCAGCAUCGCCGACCUGCGGCUCAAGGCGCGCAAGCACGCCGAGGCCCUGGGGCUCUGACCCGCCCGCCGCCCUGGGCCCGUUGCCCACGCCGCGCACUGCGUCCUGCACUCAAACCCGCCCGCGUCCCCCACACCCCCGACGGCUGCAUAGACCGCCCGGGCGGGCCUGGAGAGGGGGCCUCCCGGGACCGCACGACCCCGCCAGACCCCCCGCAGAGCGUGUGCGGAAAAUCGAGAGACAGAGAGAGACACACAGCAGGAGCCGGCCGCUCAGACCGCCCAGCGCAGCCGUCCACGCAGCACGGCGUCCUGGGCUCCCCCCGCGCGCCUCGUGCAGCCCCGUGCGCGCGCCCCUGUCCGCCGCGGGCGUCUCUCCCCUGUGCAUGCGGCCUCGUCCACACCCUGCGAACAUCAAAGAGUCUAUUAAAAAACAAAAAAACCCCAAAAAACAGAAAAACCCACAAGAUCUGGGGCUGGGCUCCGCCGAAGAUGCCGAUGCUGGAUCGCCAAGCGUUUUCUUCACCGCCACGAACUCGCUUUCGCCCCAGGAGCGGCACGCGCCGUGUGGAGAUUAUUAUUAUUAUUAUUAUUAUUUGCAAAAUGCAAAAAAAAAAAAAAUUGCUCCCCCUCCCCACCCCGCCGGCCCCAAAGGCAGCAAUAACGAAACGCCUCUGAGGACCUCGCCGAGGUGGGGGUGCGGGUGGUGCCGGGGAAGCUCCCACGUGGGACCCGUCUGGGGGGGAUACCUGACUUCUGCGCAUGCGCACGGUCUGCGCCAAGGCAGCACCGCCUUGCUCGAUUUUCCGGUCUUUGAUGCCCCCCCCCCCAAGUUGAGCUUUUUUUUUUUUUUUAAUUGCUGUUUUGCAGACGCAAAGGACAUACCUAGAGACACAGGGGCGCGCGCGGGGCGUG